AUGCAAGCGGUGAUCGCGCUCUGUCAUUUUUGCGAAAAUCACGGCCCCAGGGUGAUGAUGAUCACCCAGCCGAUGCGCAGCGUACCGUCGGCUUCAUCUAGUUCAAUGUCCUUGUCAAACGCAGGUUGUCAGAUCUCUUCGGUAGCCGAGAGCGAACACGACAGUCCUAUUUAUUAUGGAGAUUGCACUCCAGAAAUUUUGGAAGAUCCCGAAGAAAGGUGUAAUGCUUGUACAUCCUUUGGAAAUAUAAAUCAGCCAUGUUUGCUUUCAAACGACCAUGAGAAUAAAACUAGCUACAUCAGCACACAGAUACCGUUGAAGGAGCGGGUAUAUGAACGCGUUCGAAAUGCUUGCCUGCGCUCAUUAAGCUGCGAAAUUUCUGCGCCAUGCAAAGGAACUUCAUCUCCUUUGAGACAAGUUCACGCGGUCACUUCUGCUAUACGUGUAAAUCCAAUACGGUUGGAUGGCCUAGCAGCAGACGACAUGGAUGAGGGUAGAGGAAAUGACGUUGACGGCUCUGUAUUUUUUGGCGAUGCCGAUAACGGCUAUUGUUUUUCCCUCACGUUUAGGUUGCGAGAUUCUAAAGCUCGUGGUUUUCUACGUUUGUACUCCUUUAUUGUAGUCAGUAAUGACAUGACAUACAUUAUCCAAAAUUAUGAAUUUUUCCUGCAAGCGCUCACAGCCAUGAAGGAGAAAUUACAGAGUAUGGCCGCUGCAACGUUUGAAAGCGAAAUGUCUCAAGACGACGCAAUGCGACCGCAGUAUGCAAGCAUGGCUGGACGACUGCCGACUGGCUGGUUUAGACCUACGGAUAAAAGU